GGGUCACAGUCCCCAUCAGAAAGCGAAGAGAGGAUGAGCCCGAAGCCGAUGGUGGGACGAAGACCAGCAAUGAUCGAGAACGAGGCCAAAAUUCGCAAAGUAGGAUCCUGGAAAGGACGAAAAUACUUACCCAACGAUGACGUGAACAACGACACACCCUCACCCAUUGGAAAUAUGCGGACAUCAUUCAGCGAAUCCGGCAACGAAAAACAAGAUGUGGACGGCAGAUCAACAAAGGACGACAAAAAAACCGGCGAAGCUCAAGCUGCAAAUGAACUAAACCCGGAGCCUAGAGGACAA